AUGAACGCCGCCAUUAGAGCUGCGAUUCACAGAACACAUAGCGUAUCUUCUCACCUGAAAGCAUCGUUUUUCCACUCCACUCCCGUCUUGGAACGCAAACGUCGCACUUCCUGGGAUUCGAAAUCAAAUGUUCACAGGAAGAGGUUCAGAAGAAUGAGAGAGAAGCAAGAGUUGUUGCGAAAUGUGAAUGCUUUUGCAGCAAACAUGUUUACGAGCUGGCAUGAUGAGUUUCAUGACAAUGAGCCUUCCUCACAGAAGCGAACCUCGUGGUUUAAAAAACAGUACGCCAAGGAACCUAAAGGAAAAUGGAAUGGCAAACAGGGCUCUCAGAGUUGGGGUCCAAGGAACUUUGAUUUUUGUGAAGUUGAUGAGGACUUUGACAUUGAUUAUAUAUUCCCUGGUGGAUCACCACGAGAGUCAGAGCCAAACCAAGCUUCUCAUAGACAAGCACUUGGCCUGAGUCCUUCGGGUCCAUUAAACCUCAAAGACGUCAAACAUGCUUAUCGAGUUUGUGCAUUAAAAUGGCAUCCAGAUCGUCAUCAAGGCUCUACAAAGAAAUCAAAUGCUAAGAAGAACAAAAGAUCAAAGAAAUUUUUGAGGGAGCAUCAAGAAAAAGUACGGCGUGCUGUGGAAGAACUUAAACGUGAAAGAGAAGAGGCAGCCGCGAAAAAGGCCAAAGAAGCUAAAGAAAAGCUGAAUAAUAACUGCAAACAAGAGUCCAAGAGUACACGUAAAAGUCAAUUUGGUUACGAGGAUAAAGACUUUGAUAUUAUAUUCCGAUCUUUGUUUGGCGUACCACGAGGUUUUGACUAUUCAAUCUAUGAAGAGGAGGAUCGUCGUUGGUGGUAUCACCCUUCAUGGUUUUCUGGUUUCUCUAGGAACUCUUGGAGAUCAAAAUAUAAAUUUUAUGACAAAGAAGAAGAGCAAGAAGAUGAAAAAGUAGAAGAAGAAGAAGAAAGCUACAGUUCUAGUAACUGGUGGAGAUCAGAAUCACGAUUUGAUGAAAAGGAAAAACAAGAAGAAGGCUAUGGUAAAUCAAAGUCCAGUGAAACAGUACUGUCUGACCCAAUAGAAGCUACUCAUAGAGACACACUUGGAAUGAGUCCUUGGGGUCCCUUAAAACUUGAAGAUGUCAAACAUGCAUAUCGAACUUGUGCAUUAAAAUGGCAUCCAGAUCGUCAUAAUGACUCUACCAAGGCGGAGGCUGAAGCAAAGUUCAAGCUAUGCAUUGUAGCUUAUGAAUCUUUAAUCCAAAAGCUACAGUCAGCUAAGAUUACUUGA